CUUCCAGAAUCCGAGCUCUCCGACGAAAGCCACAAGAAAUCGAGAAUGAAUGAGCUUCCUUCGUUUCUUGCAUACAGCAGUUUUCUUUUGGGGUUCCUCGGCUUCCAAAUAAUACCAGGAUACUCCUACAAAGAAUACGAGAAGUUCAUGAAAGGAAAACACUUGGUGCCUUUCAGAAAACCAAUGGCAACGUCAAAAAAACUGGAUCUUCAGGAAGAAAAGUACCCAUCGCCAAAUUGGAUGGUCCUCACUAACUUGCCUGUGGCUUUGGCGUAUGGAUACAUGCUGCGGAUACUGAUGCCUUACUUUUCGUACCAGUUUAUGUCAGAUGACCGCUUCGUCGAGAGAUUUUCCUUCCUCUUCAAACUGGCAUACUGUGUGCCCUGUGGCUUCAUGUUUAGACUGCGAUUCUACUUCGCGUGGAAAUUAGGACAGAGUAUCUACUAUGCCGCUGGUUUUGGCUUCUCUGGCUGGACUGAAGAUGGAAAGGAGCAAUGGGAGCUAGUGAGAAAUGGAGAGCUGACCCGAGUUGAAAGUUGUAGCAACUGGAAAGAAUUGUGGGACACAUGGAACAAUAUGACAAGCAAGUGGCUGCGGUUCAUUUGCUACUCCAGAAUCCAAAACAAAUCAGCAGCAGCUGCAAUCACCUUUCUUUUCUCUGCUAUGUGGCAUGGGUUCCAUCCUGGAUACUAUAUACAAUUUGCACACUCGUACCUUUUUGUACUUGUAGGACGAAAAAUUCGCAAGACAAUUUGGCCACAUUUUCAAGAUUCGUAUUUCAAGAAGAUUAUGUACAACUGUGUCACGUGGGUGGGGUGCCAGUUGUCGAUGUGCUAUGCUAUUAUCCCGAUGAGUGAACUGCAGUUGUCGUCCACAUUCGUCAUUUUCCGAUCCUUGUACUUCUACAUGAGUUGGAUAGCUAUUUUCCUGCUGAUAGUUCUGCAGCCCAAACGCCCAGUCAAAUCACUACAGCUGAGUGGCACAUCCGAAGAUCAACGUCAAAAGGUCGAUGAUCGAAAACGCGAAUGCAACGAAUCGAGAAAAAAGAAGUAAAAACAAAUGUAAUCUUCUGUUGUACAACUUUGUACAUUAAUUGUAGCGGAUUGCUUAUAAAAGGUGCAUAUACAAAACAGUCCCUUACCAAAGAGUCUAAAACAUCAAAAGAAAAGUUCUAAAAAACAGUCCGAUACAAAACA